UUUACUGUUGCACAGGAAGACGAUCAGCUGUCAACAUAAAGCUAGCGUGUACUGGAAAUCGGUUGUGUUUUUGAACUGUUAAAUAAAAUGACGUCCUUAUUUGAUCAGCUGAAACUCCUGUUUGAUCAACAGUUGUAUUCAAAUGUUGCUGCUUUGGCAAACCUUGUCAUCACUGUUAGUGAACAUAAUCAAGAAACAUUAUCACCACCAGCCAAGUUUCAAACCUAUGUGUUCUACGGAGAUUCACUGUUUCAUUUGGGACAGUAUCGUAAAGCUGAAAUGAUGUAUAAGAAAGCUUUACAGUUCAAAAAAUCUCUCUUGAAAUCAAAAGGCACAACAAAACUCCAGGACAAUCAGAAGGAAUUAAUGCCUGAUAUUGAUAUAAAGUACCAGAUGCAUCUUUGUCACGUUAAUCUGAAACAAAAUCACCAAGCAAUAGGUGUUUUGCAGAGUAUACCUGGUAAACAACGAAAUGCAAAAAUCAACAUGGCUUUGGCAAAACUGUAUCAGCAAGGAGGAAUGGAGCGUUCUGCCAUAACAGCUUACAAGGAAGUUCUUAGGGAGUGUCCACUGGCCCUUGAAGCUGCAGAAGGACUGCUGAGCCUUGGAGUAAAAGGCAUUGAAGUCAAUUCACUUGUUCUUGAAGCAGCAUCGGGUGUAAGCAGCGACUGGUUAAAUUCCUGGAUAAAAGCUCACGCUCAGAUGCACAGUCGUGACUACACACAAGCUAUUGCAACAUUUCGCCAUCUGGAUGAACGAUCUGCACUUCGUGAUAAUGUUAAUCUACUAGUCACAAUGGGAGAAUGCUAUUAUUAUUGUGGAGACUUCAAAAAUGCACUUAUUGUUCUUCAGAGGGCUUAUGGAAUAGACCCAUAUAUGCAACGUGGCCUUGAAAUUUAUGCAGGGCUGCUAGCCAAGGAACGGAAGUUUAAAGAACUUGAAAAAAUAAUCUCACCAAAUAUAAAUAUAUCUGAAUAUGGCCCAGAACACUGGAUAGCAAUGGCAUACUACUUUUAUGCUUCACGGAAGAAUUCAAAGGCCAUAUAUUUUGCUCACAAAGCAUGCACUCAGAACCCACGUAAUGUCCAAGCACUUAUUCUGAAAGGUGCUAUACUUAUGGAUCUUAAGAAAUACACGGAAGCAAUUGUACAUUUUAGAGAGGCAAUGCAGUUGAGUCCUUAUCGAUAUGAACCACAUCGAGGACUCGUUGAUUGCUAUGUACUUAUGCACAGAUUGCGAGAGGCUUUAACAAUGGCAAGCAGUGCAUGCAAGCAGCUUGGUCAAACACCGAGAGCUUUGACAUUGUAUGCAUCUGUGCUAAUGAAGGAUCCUGUUACGGUGUGCAAAGCUAAAACGUACUUGGAAAAAGCCUUGGCACAAGAUGAGACGUACUUAUCUGCAGUGUAUUUGCUUGCUGAAAUAUAUGAACAGGAAAUGACACUGGAGGCUGCAAUUGCACUUCUUGAACGACAAGUGCAGAUACAGCCAACUUGCAGACUGCACCAAAUGCUCGGCGAUCUUCUGGCGAGAGUCCACGAAGAGGAACGGGCCCUCGAUCACUAUAGUAUAGCACUGAACCUAGAUCCAGGCAAUCGAAGAGCAUUGGAAGGACUUCACAGGAUCGACAGUAAUACAAGCAAAAUUGACAAUUCCUAUUAUAUGAUGGCAGCUGGUGAAGAUGAAGGGGGUGACACUACCUAUGAGCGCAUUGCUGAUUCAGAAAAUGAAGCAGAACCUGAUGAGAGUGAGACUGAAGCUGUGUGGUCAGACAUGGAUCUUGACUUGAGCAGCCAGUGAAUAUACAUUACACUGAUUGGAGCAAUCAUGCAGAUACAAUCAGUGGAAAAGACUGAAAUUUAGAAAUGUAGAGGAGGGGGCGGGGGAUUUCGUGCACUACUUCGAAUUAUUGUUUCGAACAUGUUUUUUCUUUCUUCAACGACUUGUUACAUCAAAAAGUAAAUAGUGACUGAAACACAUGUUCAUUCAUACGCCAUGUGCUGACAGAAAUGUUGCUUUUAGUGAGAUUAAAAUGUGUUUUUAUAAUGUUCGACUGUUAUGUUGUAUGAACUAAGUGUGAGGUAUAGAGGAGAAAACUUUUUAUAUUUAUAUUGUGAUGAAAUCUAAUUCCUGAUUUGCAUGUAUAUGUCAUGUUUUUGUUAUGAUAACAUUGUUAAUAAGACAUAUUUUUAGAAUAUG